AUGUCUCAAGUCUCAGGAAAGCAAGACUCCAUCAAAGGCAAGAUUGAGAAGACAUCUUCUGGAGUCAAGGUUAUGGGCUUGAAUGCGCAAUCCUCCGCUCAAUCCAAGAAGGCUUCUGCAAGAAAAGAUUCAAGAACUCCUGCCAGCAAGCGCUACAUGUCGAGUACGAGAUCUCAGGGCACUCGUGACUCACCUGUGCUUGAGGAUGUUUCUCAUGAAAUUUCCUCUGCGGAUGAAGAGGCAGAUGUUGAGGCUUCUGCUCCUCAAACUGAAGUUCCUGUAUCCAAUGUGCCUGGUGAGGAGAAUUCACCAUCUCUGGAUUCCUCCUCUGAGUCCAAGAACUCAGAACCAGAGAAUGAAGCUCACGAGGAGGUAUCUUCUGAGGAGUCUACCAAAUCUCCUCCAUCUGUUCUUGAAAUUUCAGAUGAUGAUGACUCAGAUGAUGUUCCUCUGGCAAGUGUUGCUGCCAGGAUGAAGAAGAGAAGAAGGGUUCCUGUUGAAGACACCCCCUCUGGUUCACAAAAGAAGGCCAAAUCCACUAUGGAUGUGAAGAGCAAAGGUAAACAAAAGGCUGUGGAUUCCUCACACAAGAAGGUAAAGAAAACUGCUGAGAAGAAGAAAAUUCCAACGAUUGAUUUGGAAUCUGAGUCUGAUGUUGAAGUCGAUGUUCAGAACAUUCGGACUUCUGAAAAGAAGAAAUUCUCUGGUAAGCGAAUUCCUUCAGAUGUUCCUUCUUUCCCUAUUGAUAAUGUUUCCUUUCAUGCUGCUGAGAAUGUUCUCAAGUGGAAAUAUGUUUGCAACCGUCGGAUUGAAAAAGAAAGGGAGAUUGACAAGGAUGUGCUUGAGUGUAAGAUGAUUGUUGCUCUUAUUGACCGGGCUAGUCUAAGGAAGACAGUCAUGGAUAUUGGAAAAUGUUAUGAGAAGCUAGUGAAAGAGUUCCUAGUUAAUUUGACAGAUGAUGUUGGUAUUCCUAGAAGUGCUGAAUUCAGGAAAGUUUAUGUGCGAGGGAAGUGUGUAACUUUUUCUCCUGCUGUGAUCAACCAAGCCCUUGGAAGAAGUGUUGUGGAGUUUGUUGAGGAAGAAUUGUCCUUGGACAAGGUUGCCAAGGAACUCACUGCUGGACAAGUGAAGAAGUGGCCUGCUAAGAAGCUUUUAUCUACAGGGUUGUUGAGUGUGAAGUAUGCUAUUCUGAACAGGAUAGGAGUUGUGAAUUGGAUUCCCUCUCAUCAUACCUCUGCUGUAUCUGCAAUUUUAGCCAAGCUGAUCUACAGGAUUGGAACUGAGCUUCCUUUUGAUUUUGGCUCUUUGGAGUUUGCUCAAACUUUAAAACAUGUAGAAACUUGUGCUGUAAAGCUGCCCAUUUCUUUUCCUUCGCUCUUGACUGCUAUCAUUCUGAAGCAGCAUCCUGAUAUACUUAGAAUGGAUGAUGUGGCUUUUCCUAAGGGUACCCCCAUCACUUUGGAUCAUCGUCUGUUCAUGGAUCCCCAUGUCCUGGAUAUUGAUAUGCCAUCUCACAGGACAUCAAUUCCUGUUUCAAUGUCUGCUUAUGGAACUCAAAGUGUGAUUGCUAAAUUGGAGAAUCUCUCAAAGGAGCUGCAGGUGUCUAUCAAGGUUACUACUAAGAGGAAAUUGAAGGUGGAUGCUUUGCUUCUCAAGCUUAAAGAGGAGGCCGGUCAUGAGGAUGUUGCUGAGGAGGAAAGAUCUGAAGACCUUGCAGAGGAGAUCUUCUGGCAUUUAAUAAUGGUCCUGUGUCUGUUCUGUUUUGGCUCAUGUAUUUGUUUUCAACCUUUGCCAAAUUUGUGCUAA